UGGGUUGCUAUGAAAUUAUCGUCAACUUUGUUCACAUCGUGAUUUCCAGAACGCGUACCAUCUGAAAAACUAACUAAAAUUAACAUUUCAGUUUAGUUUAGCUUUCAUCAUUUGCGAUUUAGACGAAAACCCCAGUUUAAAUUCAGAUAAAUUCACGAUAAUUCCCCAAACCACUGAUCAACAUAUUUCUGCUUGGGGAAAUGGAAGCCAUAAUUGAUGGGUGUCGACUGUGCGUGAAAGAUCUAGGUAGCCCAAUCUGUCCCCUGGAAGAUCUGGAUCUUCAGCAACAAAUGAAAAGUGUUUUUUACUUCCCGAUUGAUCCAAAGCAAGGAUUUUCGAGUAGUGUUUGCUCAGCAUGCAUAUUUGUCAUUGGAGAGUUUUAUAAAUUUGCUGAAAACAUUCGCCAAAACCAAGACUACCUUAGUAUUGCGAUAUCCACUAACGUGAACAACCGUACGAAUAUGGUGACGCAAAUCAAACUUGAACCAUUGGAUCCGAAAGUUGAAGACACGGAUCAAUUACUUGAACCCAAGCAGGAGAUCAUUAUAGAUAACGAUAACCAGAGCGAUGAACACGAUCUUGUAGAUAUCAAGAUUGAACCAUUGGAUUUGGAAAGUGACAGACCAAACCAACUCUUAAAAUCACACGAGGUUACGGUAACUGAUAAAGAUUGCCGGAGUGAUGUGGUCGUAUUAGACAACAAUAACCAAGAACCUCCUACAAACCAUCAAAAAUCUGCUCUGCAAAAGUCGAAAUCAGAAACUAAAGAACAAAUCCAAGAAACAGAAAAAGCAUUGAACGAUUUUUUUCGAAUGGUAUGCGAACUAUGCGGAUACGAAGCGCCAAGUUUUAAAUUAUUGUUGUGUCAUUUCAAGAAGAUCCACUGCCAACCCGGUUAUGUAGUCUGUUGUGGAGAGAAAUUAUAUCUGGAGUUCACGUUAAAGCUGCAUAUGCAGAAUCAUAUGAACCCUGAUGGGGAGCUUUGUGAAAUUUGCAACAAACGCUUUAGAAACAUAUCACUACACCGAAGAAUGGUUCACUCCAAAGAGGAAAAAAAGAUUUUGUGCGACAAAUGUCCGAAGGCAUUUGUAAGCAUGUACUCGCUUAAGAAGCACCAAACUAAAACGCAUCAGAACGUUCCAUGCCCACAGUGCGAUAUUGCUACCACCCUGCGAAUAAGAAUACAGCCCUGUGUAUGGUCGAUAAAACAGUACACACGCGAGAGAAAAAACGAUUUUAAGUUUGGCUACGAAAUACAGAAAGUAAAAGUUAAAAUUCCGCCAAAUCGUCUCCAGCGGUGGGCAUUGUCACUCCUAGGAUACGAUUUCGACAUUGAAUACAUUUCGACAAACAACUUUGGGUAUGCGGACGUAUUAUCACGCCUGAUCGACAAUCAUCAAAAACCUGAAGAAGAAUUCGUUAUCGCUUCGAUCGGUGUGGAAGAUGAUGUAAGAGCAAACCUACAGGAAAAAAUCGCAUCACUUCCUGUCACCUUUGAAAUGAUUCAACAAGCAACUUUGAGGGACCCGUCGUUGCAAAAAGUACAGCAGUUUAUGGCAGCCGGGUGGCCUCACAAAAACACUAUUUUGGAUCCAAAAUUGAAAGCUUUACAUGCCCGACGUGAAGCUUUGUCUGUGGCUAAAGGGUGCAUAAUGAUGGACGAACGCUUGGUGGUUCCAGAUUCCUUUGGACAACGAAUUCUUAAAGACAUCCAUCGAGGUCAUCAAGGCAUGGAAAGGAUGAAAGCAAUUGCACGCAGUAUCGUCUAUUGGCCAAACAUAGAUGAUGACAUCCAAUCGUUCGUUCGAAGGUGCAGCAUUUGUGCGUCCGCAGCCAAGUCUCCCCCUCAUUUCCAACCGCAACCAUGGCCCCGAGCAGAUGCUCCUUGGAGACGAAUCCACAUCGAUUAUGCUGGACCUAUGAAAGGCUUGUACUAUUUCGUGAUCGUGGAUUCAUUUUCGAAAUGGCCCGAAAUUUUCGAAACACGUUCUACGACUGCGUCUACGACUAUACGAUUUCUCACUGAAACGUUCGCCCGGUAUGGAGUACCCGAAACCAUAGUUUCGGAUAAUGGGUCACAGUUCGCGAGCGCAGAUUUCAAAGUCAUGUGUGAAAAACUGGGAAUUAUUCACAUACGUACCGCUCCGUACCAUCCGCAAUCAAAUGGACAAGCAGAGCGUUUUGUUGAUACUCUCAAACGAUCGAUGCGGAAAAUUGUCGAGGGGGAAGGUUUACCCAGUAACGAGGCUCUUCAAACAUUCCUUCAAGUCUACCGGUCAACACCAAGUGCUGUGUUGGAAGGAAAAUCGCCGGCGUAUGAACUUUUUGGUCGUCCAAUGAGAACUACACUUGACCUUUUGCGUUUACCAACUCAAUCAAAAAUAAUCGCCCCAUGUGCAGCUGUAAAGUUUACCACAGGCUCACCAGUGUUCGCUAAAGUUUACAAAAACGCAAACAAAUGGUCAUGGAUUCCAGGAACAGUCAUCGAACCAAUUGGUAAAGUUAAUUUCAACAUCUUGCUGUCGUAUGAACAUGGCCGUAAGAAAUUGAUCCGCUCCCAUCUGAACCAACUCAGGCUUCGAUAUGAGGAUACCGCCUCAACUGCUUCAAUUCCCAAAUCCAAGUGGUCGUUUGACGUGUUGGCCGAUGAUUUUGGAUUUCACCAACCAGAAGCUGGAUUGCAAGAGAUGGAAACUUUGGACUCUAAUGCAUCGUUCGAGUCAGCAACCGCUGGUAAUUCUUCCGCUUUCAUUCCUGCAGAGCCUGUAGAAGAAGUCGUAGACCAUCCCCUAGAAGUUGAACAUCCGAUAGAGCCCACAGAAGUUCCGACAGUAGUUGGAGAAUACUCAGGAGAAACCACAAGUCCGGAUCGAAACCAGCGACCGUCCAGAAACAUCCGAAACACAUCAGAUAUGAAGCUUGCGAGCAAAAAAUCGCUAAGAGCCCACAUUUUCCACAUGCACUGCGUUGAGAGGACACGGAUGAUUUGCGACUUUUGUGGAAAACAGUUUCUCAAUAAACCGUGUUUUGAUAGACAUGUUAACAAACACAAGGGAAUAGAACCCAAACAAGUAGCAUACCGAAAAAUUCAAUGCCACAUUUGUAAAAAAAUGUUACAUGCUGAGAGAGCACUCAAAAGACAUUUGAAGUUUGUUCACGCCGAAACAACGGAAACGCUCGAAUGUGAUGUAUGUCACCAAAAGUAUCCGAAUUCUGUUGCAUUACAAUCACACAAAGCAAGGGUGCAUAUCGAAGCCAAAUUCAAAUGCGAGAUCUGCGAAAAACUGUUCAAGCAAAACGUUAAGCUCCAGGAGCAUCGAGCAACCCACUUUGGAGAGCGUCUCUGGAAGUGCGAAUACUGUGAAACAGCUGUAAAGACCAAAAGUAGCCUCUGGUUCCAUGUCAAAAAACACCACCCAGCGGAACAUGCCGAACAGAAACGGCGAGCAGCAGAGAAAGCGUGUGGCUAAAGCAAAAGGAAUCCAAUGCAUAAAAUCAAAUGAAUCAGUAAGAGCAAGUUCAAUGGUAUUGGGAAAAAGUGGUAUAAAUUUUGACAGCAGAUGGAAAUUUUUAUAUCCUGAAAAAUAGACCAAAAAUGUUGGCCGUCCACCGGUGUGAUAAAAUACGAAGGUAUAAAAUCGAAAGCAACCAGCGAUGCCAAGUAAAUUGGCUUUUCAUUAUUUUUACUGACUUUUUGUAUUUUGAAUUCACAGUUUGAAAAUUCCAAUCAAAUCUCUUUAUUCAAUCAUCGAAUUCAAAUAAUAGUGUUAACACAUUGAGGACACUAAGGAAAUCUAAGCCGUGAAACACACAACCCUUGUGUAUCUCGGAAGAAAAUUCUAUGGACGAAAUUCUAAAAAUAGAGAAGAUAAAUUCACGAUAAUUUCCCAAACCACUGCUCAACAUAUUUCUGCUUGGAGAAAUGGAAGUCAAAAUCGAUGGGUGUCGACUGUGCAUGAAAGAUCUAGGUAGCCCUAUCUGUCCCCUGGAAGAUCCGGAUCUUAAGCAACAAAUGAAAAGUGUUUUUUACUUCCCGAUUGAACCAAAGCAAGGAUUUUCUAGCAGUGUUUGCUCAGCAUGCAUUUUUGUCAUUGGAGAGUUUUAUAAAUUUGCUGAAAACCUUCGACAAAACCAAGACUACCUUAGUAUUGCAAUAUCCACUGAAGUGAACAACUGUACGAAUAUGGUGCCGCAAAUCAAACUUGAGCCGUUGGAUCCGAAAUUUGAAGACACGGAUCAAUUACUUGAACCCAAGCAGGAGAUCAUAAUAGAUAACGAUAAUCAGAGCGAUGUAAACGAUCUUGUAGAUAUCAAAAUUGAACCAUUAGAUUUGGAAAGUGACAGACCCAAUCAACUCCUAAAAUCACACGAGGUUAUGGUAACUGAUAAAGAUUGCCACAGUGAUGUCGUCGUAUUAGACAACAGUAACCAAGAACCUCCUACAAACCAUCAAGAAUCUGCUCCGUAUAAGCCGAAAUCCAAAAUUAAAGAAAAAAUCCUAGAAGAAGAAAAUACAUUGAACGAUUUUUUUCAAAUGGUGUGCGAACUAUGCGGGUACGAAGCGCCAAGUUUUAAAUUAUUAUUGUGUCAUUUCGAGAAGAUCCACUGCCAACCCGGUUAUGUAGUCUGUUGUGGAGAAAAAUUAUAUCUGGAGUUAACGUUAAAGCUGCAUAUGCAGAAUCAUAUGAAGCCUGAUAGAGAGCUUUGUGAAAUUUGCAACAAACGCUUUAGAAACAUAUCACAACACCGAAGAAUAGUGCACUCCAAAGAGGAAAAAAAGAUUUUGUGCGACAAAUGUCCGAAGGCUUUUGUAAGCAGAAAAUUGCUUCAUAGCCAUAUGAGGAAGCAUAAACCUAAAACGCAUCAGAACAUUCCAUGCCCACAGUGCGAUAUGAAACUUGCGAACGAAAAAUCGCUAAAAGCCCACAUAUUCCACAUGCACUGCAUUGAGAGGACACGGAUGAUAUGCGACUUUUGUGGAAAACAGUUUCUCAAUAAACCGUGUUUUGAUAGACAUGUUGACAAACACAAGGGAAUAGAACCCAAACAAGGAGUACACCGAAAAAUUCAAUAUGCCACAUUUGUAAAAAAA